AUGGGUUUGAUCAAACCCAUAGUCGAGUACGGCAAGAGUCAGUACAAGGAAUUCAAGAAGGCCCAGUCGGGCGGUCGACGCGCGUUGAGGGCUUUUUGGCCUGUCAUUUAUACCCGAGUGGAUCUCCUAUGGCCGACGCCUGAGGCUGAGGCAAUUGCGCAGGCCGCCUGGAAGGCGGCGAGAAGCUCAACAGGCGUGGAAGAGGCUGAGGAGGAGGAGACCGAGGAAACGCCAGGCGAGCCGAGUGAGGAGGACAGGGAGAAUCCCUCACUGACGCCGGGAGACCCCGCGUUCAAUCUGCAGGCAUGGCGAGGGAGGCGCAAAAACCAAGUCUAUCGUUGGUUCUACAACUACGACAAGGCGUGCCGCUCGCAAUGUACGGAAAUCAAGGUCGAGCUCCAAAGCACAGCUCCCGAUGCCCCGACACGCGCCCUCACGAGGAAACAGCUUUACUCCAAAAAAUAUUACAAGACUCGAGUGAAGCCCAAAGUCGCCGCUGAACUUGCCAAGCUGAAGCGCAGACCCACCCGUGGUGAACGGAUUGAUAUGAUCCGACGGAAGACUGGGGAGGCGUAUGAUAACGAGACUCCCGAAACCAAGGCGGAGAUUGAGAAACUGGAGAAGGACAUUGCCGAGGAGCGCGAAAAGCGUAAGGAGAUUCUCCAAGACGCGUUCGUCGAGCCCCCCUCGCCAAGCACCCCUGAGGCGUACCUUCGACACAUUGAGGCUUUGCGCGAGAUCUUCCAGGGCCUUCUCUCUGCUCUGUCAAAGAAGACCGGGUGGAGUUUUACCGUCCUUGCUGGCGGUCCUGACCCCUCCAAACCCGAUGGUGGUAUCCGCACCAUGUCGUUUCAUGAGGGGCGUAAUGAGGCCGGUUUAAGCUUCCUGAGAGCCCAUCCCAACUUUAACGAGGCAUACAUGGUGCCCUUUUCGGGCUUCCUGCACAUGGUUUAUCCCGAAGACGUCCGACGUUCGCGAGUGGUGACAUCUGAGUCGCGUUUGUGUGGGGUGAUGGAAAUGAUGACGGCGACGGAAGAGGAUGAGGACAACGAGGACGACGAUGACGACGACGCCGACAACGACAAUGAGGGCUCUCCCGAGACCCCCCCGCCGAGGACCCCCGUCGCCCCCGCGCCAAACCCCGUCCUCCAGUCUGCUUGCCCGAACCCCCUGCCGCAGCUCCCCGCACCAAACCAGCCCACCUUGCCCACAACGACGGCGCCGUCCCAGCCAUCCGAAGCCUCCCAAUCCGGUGCUACCCAAACCGUUACACCAGCUUCUGCCGCUAUUCCCGUCCCUGCUGCUCCCGUGGCUUCUGCCGCUGGUCUGAACCCUUCGACGCCUUUCAAGGGCUUGCGGGACCUCAUGGUGGAGACAGAGGAGAUCUUGGCUUUGCGUUCUGAAGACGAGGGUCAUCUGGCCAUGCGCAUGCGCCCUGCCGGGGGUACAAUGGCCUCGGAAUUAUUGCACGCCGGGGGAGCUGAUUAUGGUGAUCUGGCUGGCUUCGAAGAUGACGGUGAAUUCGCGUUGACUGGGGACGAGGAACCAACUUACCCGCACAAUUACAUUCUGCCGAGCCCAAACACAUCACUCCCCUGCGCUUCAUCCGCGAUUCAGAAGAGCGGUGUGCCUCCCGUAAAUCCCGCUGCUUCUACGGUUGGGUUGAGUCAGGAGGCUCUUGCUACUCCUCCUCCGACUCAGACAGGGGUACCUCGCCAAGGCGGAAGGGGAAGAGGUCGAGGUCGAGGAGGUCGAGGUGGAAGAGGCGGUCCUCGAUGCGGGGAAAGAGUCUCUGGGGUCAGGGCCUCGGGGCAGGCCGCUUCGAUCGAUACUGGCGGUGCUGUGGUGGGAUCGAAGAGGACGUCUGGGGAACCGUCCGGGGGAGAGGGCCGUAGCAAACGAUCGCGGAAAGGUCAAAAGGAGUUGGACCCGUGGAUGGUGCAGAUCUUGCGGGUCCUGAGGAAUGUGGUUAGCGAUCCGCGAUGGCAGGGUUGUUUGGAUGCUUUGGAAGAGUUUGAGAAGAGCACUACGAUUGAUCAUGGGAGGCUUCCGGCGGGUUCCAAACGACCACCUGAGCUGGCUCGGUGGGUCACCCAGGGAAAAAAGAACGCUACAACGCCCCAGAUCGACGAUUUGGCCGACUUUGCUCAGCGGUGGAAGGAGUGGUGGAAAUCAAUCCAGCCUGAGUGGCGAAGGAAUGAAGAAGGGGACUUACCGUUGCCUAUCGCUGAUGCUCCAUCUCGGCGUUCACUUGCACAGAUUCAGAAGCCAGGUCCCGCCGGUAUUGCCAUAGCCUUGGCCAGUUUGUCGUGGUGGGCGGGUAUCGAGAACCAGGAGGAGUGGUUUGAGGCUGUGAAUGACAUGCGCACGUGUCUCCUGGCGUUUGUUCAAGGUGGCUAG